AACUCCUCUCUCUCCACAUAACAUCCACAACCAGAAACUCCAUCAUUAUUUUUAUUAUUUAUCCCAAUUUUAUACCUCAUCACAUAUUCCACAUUUUAUUCCUAUUUCAUACACUCACAAAAUUCCCAUUUUCUUAGAAAAAUAAAAUAAAAAUGGCAGGCAUAGUAACAAAAUUAUCAUACAAGAGGCUAAAACAAGAAGUGAUAUUUGAAGAAGAUGAAGAUCAUGAUCAUCUUCCUCGAAGCAAAAGUAAAACAGAAAGAAUCUGCGAAAUUAUUAGAAGAUCAUCAUCUUCAGUCAGAUCAAGAAACCGCAUCAUCAACAACAACAACAACAACAACAACUACAACAACAACAACAACAACAACAACAACAACAACAACAACAACAACAACAACUGGAUUAGUAAGCUGAAAUUAAGCAGGAAAUUCAAGCUUAAAUUUAAAUUAGGAAGUUUCAGAAGGUUUUUCAGGAUUAGAAGAGUUAAUAAGCUUAAAGUUGCAAGAUUAUCAUGGGCUAAUAAGGUUUUUAAGAGAUUGAAGGAAAGUCAAUCACAUUUUGGUGAACUUUUUGCUGGGAAUUAUUUGUUUAUGCAAGUUACUCCUGCUUCUUUCAAGAACAACAACAACAACGUUAAUCAUCAAAUUUAUAAUCAUAAUCUUAGUACUGUUAAUAAGCUUUCUAGGUUUCCUUCUACUAAUUUUAGUAGUAAUUAUAUAUAUUCUUGAAACUUUUAACUUGUUUAAUUAGUUAAUGUAUUUAUUUGAAGCUUUUAUGUAUUUAGUAGACUUUGUUUAUGAUAAGUUUUUGUGCAACUUUUUAUUUUA